AUUGGGAAAAUAUGAAGCUUAAAUCGUAAACAAACUGGCUUGCGGUAGAGGUUUCAGUGAGAUACAUCCGUGCCUUUCAUGCAGCCGGAUAAAGACUUCUAACAUCGCUUAAGGAUAGAGGAUUUCUUUGGAGAUCAUUUGAGAUUGCCGCUGUGUGAAGUGUGUUUUAUAUUCUGCCAGAUGGCAACUUUAGAAGACCAGUACCAAAAAGCCUUAAGACUUUACCAAGAAGAAAGCCAGAAUGAUCCUUUUACAGAACCUUAUAAGUCAAAAUAUGCUGCAAGAGACAUUUUAGAAGAAUUAAAGGCACGCCUAAGUAAGCAGCUAGAUGAAGAUGAUGAUGAUGAAGAUGUGGGUUCUGGGGAAGAAGGAACAGAUGUUGUUGGCAUAACAAGAGCCAGAUUAGCUGCAGUUGUAUAUCAUCUAGGGGUUAUUGCUGUUGAGACUGAAGAGUUAUCUACAGGUGAAGAGCACCUGAUUAAAGCACUGACAAUUGUUGGAGAUGCUAUUGAAGGGCUGUCAGGUGCUUCAUCAGCAAAUGUUAAUGAUGCAGACUUGGUUUCUGCAGCACUUAUGGGUGACGCUGAAAGCCUUCUUUCAUCGAGUAGUGGAGUGCCUUCUGUUAGUCCUAUAGCUUUGAGUCCUCUCACUGUUGCUUUGGCUGUUAGUUGUCAUAAUCAGCUUGGCAUUCUAUGGUCCAACCGUGCUCACUUUCCAAGAGCAAAACAACACUUAGAACGGUCGUGUUUACUUUAUACGGAGUACCAGCAGAGAACUUCUGUUCCACCACGAACAAUUGGCAGUUUGUUUUCAUCAGUAUCACAGGAAGAUGAAGGCUGGGAAGAAAGUGGAAUGAAUGCGCUGGAGAAACUUCACACUCAUACACUAUAUUAUCUUGCUCAGGUGUAUGGACACAUGGGGAUGGAUGAAAAGUCAGCAGAAUACUGUCAUUCAACGCUAAAACGGCAGUUAUCUAAUAAAGACUGUGAUCUGAUUGACUGGGCAGUUAAUGCUGCUAAUCUCUCUCAGUUUUAUCUGAGAAGGGAAAAGUUCAGGAUUGCAAGGCAUUUGUUAUCAUCUGCUCUGAAGGUGCUAUCACAAUAUGAGUUCGAAGUCAGAAGUGAUGUACAAGAUGAAGACUGUGAAGAAGCAACCAAUAUGCAUGAAAAGUUUGACAGAAGUAAUGCUGAUGUCCAGCGCUGCUGGGGGCGAUACUGUUUAGUCCUCCUUCAGUACUCAGUAGACAGGGCAAUUCCUGAUGAUGAAUCAGAGAACAGAGCGCAAGAACCAGAGGAAUCCGAAGAAGACACUUUAGAUAAGCAGUUGGAAUUCUUGCAAUUAGAUGUGUGUGAUUUGGAAUCAGAAGUUGUCGCUAAAGCAGUGAAGAAUUUUGAAGAAGCGAGACAGGUAUUUUUGUCGGGACUACGUUGGCUUUCAGCUGCUCGACAGUAUUAUAACAUGGAGGACCAUGCUGGGGAUCAUGUGAAUGUUACUCAGGAGAUGAGCCUUCUUUACAAAGCUCUAGCAUUUUUUGAGCCAUCAGAGGAAAGGAAAUCAAAAAUGCAUAAACGUCGGAUAGACUUGUUGUCUGCUGUCAUUCAGGAGCUUAAUCCUAGAUACUAUCUGAAUAUAUGUCGUCAGUUAAACUACGAACUGGCAGAAACAUACAGUACUAUGAUGGAUAGUAAAUAUACAUUAGUUGGUCAGGGCAAUGAACCAACAUCUGCACAAGCUAAGAAGAUUAAUACUUUGGCAACAUCAAGUAUACAGCAUUUUCUCCAUUAUCUUGAUUCGAUGAAGGACACCAACACUGGGGAACAGCCUGAAAAAUAUUCAGAAGACUCUGUACGCCCGGCAUUGGUUGCAUGGUUUCACCUGGGAAGGUUAUGGUCCAAACUUGUUUCUACUAAUCCACAAAGCAAAGUACAGAAUCUUGCACAGUCUUUACAGAAUUAUAAGAGGGUAGUUGAGUAUUGCGAUAAGAAUACAGAAUGCCAGCCUAUUAUGGCACAAGAAUUAGCAAUAUGUCGGGAGAUGGUACAACUACUUCCACUAAAGAUGGAGCAAAUUAGAAAUCAGUGCCGGUGAAGGGAUCAUUCUUAUAGCAUUUGCUUUGGGUACACAAUUAUCCCUUCAGUAUUGAAAAUUGUGAGGAAAUUCCAAAUGCAGAGAAAGAUUAUGAUGCUGCUCUGAGCAACCAUUUGCAAGAAAAAUCAUUUAAAUAAUAGAAAUGUUGAGAGAUUGUUUGAGACAUGCAACUGAUGAAAUCAGGUUGAUACAAUAUCAUUAGCAAACUCAUUGAUGUGCUGCUGUUCUUAUUUUAUGAAGCUAUUUUUUUCUGUUUAUGUAAAUAUGCUGAAUACUAUAUUUUCCAAGCAAUGUUAUUGUUAUGUUUAAUGAAGAAUGUAUUGAGAAAUGCCAAAAAUAUUGAAAAUUUGGAAGCAAAUCUUGUGUUAGACUACUAUGAUGGUUCAAGGAUGUCAGCAUAUGCUGAUUUAGAAGUUAAGGAAUGGUUUGUGUAUUUUUCAUGACCUCUCAUAACGCAUUGUAUUUAAAAUGCUCAUGACUUGAAAACAACGCAGCCAUACCCCAACAUACGCCUGACUUUCUUUCAAACUAGCCUUUCAUACAGAAACGAUAUAAGCUGAACGUACAGUAACUUAGUUUUAGAAAUAGUAAAUCAAUCAGUAUACAAUUUUUUUAUGCUACUCACUCUCAGUUGUGAUAUUGCUUUUUUUAUUAUUUACAUUUUUUAAUAUUUUAUACAUUUCUGUUGUUAUUUUACCUUUUAUUUAGGGUUCUGUAAUUAACAUUUGACCAUUUCUGUAAUGGCAGAAGUGUAUGUAUAGGGAGGCUGGAGAAUUGCUGAAGAGAUAUCAAAGGAAUGCCACAAGUGGCUGAGUUUCACAGAGAUCCUUGGUGUCAGCAUCUCCAUUCAAAAAAAUAAGUGCAUCAUUGUAUUAAUUUCCUGCACACUUUAGUUUAUAUAUGGUAUAUAAUGAAUUUGAAACCUAAUAGAACCUUGAUUUCAUAUGCUCUUUCAUUCCAUUAGUUUAAAUGGUACUACAAAUAUGUUGAAAAAUAUUACAUUGCAAAUGAAAAGAACAGAUUUUGGCGUUGAUUGUUAUUGACUUAGUAUCUAAAUUGUUAAUGAAUGGUCCUCAAAAAUGUAUGGCAGAACUGUAGUUAAUUUUGUUGCAUGUCAGGUGGUGCAUUUGUAUGUAUUGCUGAAUUGAUCCUAAAAUGUUUUUGAAAUCUAACCUUGCUCUUUUGCAAUUGUAAUAAAAAUUUUGUAGCCAUCAAGGAUAGUGAGCAUGCCAUAAUGUUACAGAGUAAAAAUAAUUUAAUUUUUAUCAUGAAAAGAAAUAUGUAUUAGCAUUUAUGACGAAAUAAAAUGUAUUCUUAGAAGAAGAAAGUAUUGUCAGUAGACAUGCAAAUAACAUUUCUAAAUGAAAUUAUAAAAUUUUUAUCAAAAAACUGAAUAUAUUGUGAAUUUCAAUUUAAUAUAAAUUGGUGCUGAAUUAUUAUUUACUUAUAUAAUAGGACCUUACUCUUGCUAUAAAUUCCUGUUAUAUGAAGCCCUAGUCCUCGGCCUUCACUUAGUUUUAUUAAAGGCAUAUUUUUAUUUAGUAUUGCAUAGGCAUGUAUUUUUGUUAUAUUAAUAUUUAGACACUUACUGUGCAAGGUCAUGUGAUUACCACCGAUUUUUCAUGCUACUCUGGUUAAUUUAGAUAAGUUCAAUUUCACAGAAUUAGGUAUGAUAUGUUAACAAGCCAGGGUAAUUUUCAGCGUUAAGUCCACAAGUUGUUUUAUUUAAAGUUCCUUAAGCCAGUUGCAAAGCUUUUGCACAUUACUGUAAUCAUGAGACUCUUACGUGCAUUUUCUUUUAUUCAAGAAAUAUGCAAUCUGUAUUUUACAAGGAUGUUUUCAAUAAAACAAGGCUGUUUUACCUUCAGUAUAAUUUCAAGACUAUGAGGAAGACUGUAAAAUAAUCACAAUUUUUCAUUAUUAUGCUAAACUUUUGUUUUCUGUACAGGGAUGUAAUUUUAUCAUCGAAUUACAGAAGAUACUAUUGGAUUUGUUCUCUUAUUCAGAACUCUCUGAUGUAAACUGUAUACUUUAUGGACAAGAAACAUUCUGACAACCAUUUGCUAUUGAUGUCCAGAAAAAGAUUUUCUCAACAUUGCUACUGAUGUAUAUGUAUGCUUAAGGACUAUAAUCAGUGUCUGUUCAUGAGGAAAUAGUACUAUUGAUAAGUACUAUAGCAGUUUGAGAGAACAAGAAAAAAAAGCAAAACAUAGUGCUUUAAAAAGCUUGAAGCCUUUACAUUAUAAUUGCAUGUGGUACUGGAGAUCAUAUGCCCUAAACAGUACUAUAAUGACGAAGUAUUUAAAGAUAUGUCUGAGUGACCAAGCUUGUCUAUGAAUACGUCUCAUCUAUUUUCAAUAAAAUCUCCUAAUUUUCAAAAUA